AUGUCACCAGCGAGACUCUCCCCCCUUAUCCCCUCCACUAUCUCUCUCUCCUCCCCAUUGCCGCCAAAAUCGCCCAUUGCACCACUACUAUCUCCCCAAUGUGAACGAAAGCAUCACCAGAUUCAACGGCCUCAGCUCAGAAUUGAUAAGAUCUCUCGCAGAGACGCCGCCGUUUUGCUUUCGAUCAUCUCUCUUAUCCCUUCUCUCCACCAACCCUCACCGGCUGCUGCAUUCUCUUUCGGCAUCUCAGGACCUAAAGAUUGGCUGAGAGAGCAAAAGAAGAAGUCCUCCAAGUUCCUCUUGGCGCCCAUUGACGCCUCUCGGAAUAGCCUCCGUACCGCCCGUCUCUUACUAACGAAUGACAAUACCGAUAAUGGAGACAAGGAAUUGGAAGAAAUUCAGAGGUUGCUCAUUUCAGCUGCUAGGGAUUGCGUUCCAGAAGAGAGAAACUCUUUUGUUUCAUUUCAAGCUAGCACAGGAGUAGAGGUGUGCACAUUCCGUUUGGUCAUGAAAAAUGCGGCUUCGUUGCUUGGUGACAAAGAUCCUGUAAAAUUGGAAGCUGAAGCUGUUCUCAGUGAUCUCAUAAGAUCUUUUUCCUUUCUCAAUGGUUUGGCAAGUGAAACCAAUAUGCAACUCACUUCUAGCAGACAGAAGCUCGCAGAUGCACUCAUGGAUACAAUAUCGGCCCUGAACAAAUUUGAACAUGGUGUCAAGGAUUGCCUUGAAGUUUGAUCAUUCAUAUCCUAUACGAGGCUUUUACAAACACUUCUAUCUUUGAAGCCAAAGACAGAAACUGUGGAAGAAGCUAGAUGUUCUCUCUCUCUCUCUCUCUCU